AUGGGUGAUGGAAGAGACACGGAUCGGGAGAGUACUGAAUUCCUUACCGUUUCAGUAAUGUCCGCUCCAGUACUUGGUGUCGUCUCAUCAAUCCUGGGCAGCCACCAGCUUGAAGGGCGCAACCUCCGCAUACUCUCUCACGUUCUGAUCGGUGAAAGCAUAAAGAUUGAUAAUAUUUCUCACACCACCGACAGAUUCGGUGAUCUCGGUAGCCGUUGUACCAUUGUGCAGUGCCGCAUUUUACCGCAAAUGCCUAAAUCGGAUCCCGGGGGAAGUUUUAGACCGAUGCCAGAGGGGGGACACCUUUGGAUGGCAAAGGGCACCCCUGAAGGUUCAGACUUUUCGAACGGGGUGACGGCGACAUGUCGUGUCCACAGCUCGCGCAGUUGGAAACAGGGGGACUCGCCGAGCGGCGUUUCUUCGGAGCACAAGACAAGAAAAAUUUGUUCCUCAGGAACGAGGGUCCAGUAUGUACGCGGACUUCCUACGCGAUUUGCAGAUUCGGAUUCUCCCCGGCGGAUCCCGCAAGCGCGCAAGGUCGUCCAAGGAACCUCCACUUCCUCUCACUUAUAUACCGGUCCACACUCGCCGUGGUCACAAGGCAAGCGAAUAGCACCCGAGCUCACGCGGAGUCAAUAG